AUGCUCGAUGACCGAAGAGGCAAACACGAACAUCAUCACCGGGUUGAGGAAUCACUAAAAGACAGCGCUAGAGAAUUUAUUAGGAACAUACCAAAAAUAGAAAGUCACUAUGUUUAUGCUAAUACAAGUCGAGAGUAUAUUGAUGGAGGCAGAAAUUUGUCUGAUAUUUACAAGGAUUAUGUUCAAUUGUAUACAGAAAAGAGAGAGAGGUAUAUUAACUACGUAAUGUUCCAUAGAAUUUUUAACACAGAGUUUAAUAUUAGUUUUUUUACUCCGAAGAAAGAUGCUUGUGAAGAUUGUACUGCCUAUGUUAAUGCAUUAGACUCUGAGAAGGAAGAAAUGAAAGAUUGUUAUGAAAACCACCUGAUAGAAAAAGAAUUGUCACGAAUAGAAAAAGGGAACGAUAAAACAGAUGCCCAAAGUAAAUCAUCAAUGACUUACAAGCGACAUUGUCAUGUCCCAAAAGCGAAAUUUCAACAUUUUAUUACGAAUCAAAAUUGA